AUGUCAAAUGUUAAUUAUAAUGUUGAAUCGUGUCUGGAUAAUAUGCAGAGUUGGUUAAAUAAUGAAAAUGAUGACUUUGAUUUUUGUGAACUUGAUUUUCUAGAUUCCGAGCUGCCGUCCACCAUUGGUGUCUACAGAACCUCAGUUCCGAACGGCACUCUCUCUCCCGCCUCAUCAAAUGAUGACGAAAAUCGAAAAAUAUUUACAACAGGUCGGAAAAAAAAGAAUGAAGAGUUGAGUAUGUCGAAAAAUGCUAUUUUGGCCAGGGAAAAUCGAUCUAAAAAGAAAAAGUUCAUCGAGGGCCUCACAUACACAGUCAAUGAUUUGAAAAAUGAAAAUAAAAUUUUACGGCAAAAAUGUUUUAAAAGUGAUGCAAUAAUAUUUUCAUUAAGAAAAGAAAUUAAUUACUUAAAAAAUGUUAUAACAAAUCAAUCAACAUUAUCCACACUUUUGAGGCAUAUUCCAGGUCUGUUACAGGAGAACUUUAACGAUUCUGUCAAAGAUGAUGUUAUCGACAUCGAAAAUGUAGAUGACUCAGAAUCUAACAGCUCUGAAAUUUUAUUAAAUGCAAGCAUGCAAGGCAGACAAACACAGGGAACUACUUCAGACAUGAGCUGUGGCGUUUGUCUGCAUGUUGCUAACAAUGUCGUACAACUUGAACUGUGUUCAGCAUGUAACACAGAAGCACAAAAGUUCAAAAAAAAUCAAAUGAAGCUAAACAGUUGA